ACUUCUGCUGCCCCCAUUGCAUGAUGGUACAAGAUGACUAAUUAAUUUUGGUAUGUUGUCUUUUUUAACAAUUGCUUUCUUCCAAAUGACUCCCUUGGCACUGUGCAUACCUCACUUUUGGUCUUUUGUUGAGCGUUCACCCCUGCAAGGAAUGCUUUGGGUUCUGUUCCCAUGCCAUCCCAGAGUCUAUAAAAAUGGCAGUUGCUUCGAUUCUCCUGCUUAUAUUUGUGCACAUUGCAGGGCUUUUCUGGGGGCUUUUUGGUGCCCCAUUCCCAAUUAAAAUUAUUUCAUAUUUAAGCAAGAUUCCCAAAAUUUACUCCUGAAAAAAUCUUUUCCAAAUCGCCAAUUUUCUUCCCAAAAUGAGACCAAAAGGCCCCAUCCAAAACCUGCAGUGAGAAAGCCCUGUAAUUUUUGGACAUGUAUGGCUAAUUUCAAAUUUGCCCGUUGUCAGUAUAAAGCGACCAGUUGUGAAUUGGAAUGUCCUGCUUAGUGUCUUUGGCAGUAUGCUUCAGUGAGGUAGCACUAUAAAGUCAGCAUCACUUCGGUUCCUUGCUAUCCCAAGGGGACAAACACAGACAUACAAUGACUAUACUAUGUAUCAUGAUCAUAGUUCACAAAGCACACACACACACUACACUCAUGCAUCUCUCACACAAUCGAUACCUUCCUUAAAUGAUAAUAGCUUUUGAUAUGAUGUUAAACAAUAUACUAAACUAAACCAAUCUUAAUUAGUGGUCAACAUGCAGACAGUAAAACGAUUCCAUUAUAUGAAUUAUAUUUACAACACCAUCAGUGUAUGUGUUGCUUUAUCAUUGCAUGAAACAAUUGUGACUAGAAUCUUAAGUCCUAUGAAUCAAAAGUUCAUCAAACCUUUAACCUUGCAGACAUAGGUUUUUAAUCAGAUUCUGAAAAUCCCCAAGUGCUAUAUAUACAUAUAUAUAUAUACUUGUAUACAUUAUCUGCUAAUUAUGGUGGCUUUGAAGUACUUUACUCUCUCUAUAGUAUAAAGGUAGACAUGAAAAGCUGAUUAGAAAUGUUGCACAGUAAUCAGCCACAAAUGUUAUAAUUGGGUUACAUAAUAUUAAUGUAUUUGUUGCUGGACAUAUAAAUCACACUUGCAGAAGGUAGCCACGACCAUUAAUUGUCCUUUAGGAUAUAUCACAUGUACUGUUAGAAUAUCACAUGUACGUACAUGUACAACACAUAUGGUACAUCGGUUAUUACAAUGUUACUAACAGUACCAUAUGUGUUCCCAUGGUGCUGAAAUAUAUAUUUAAAAAAAAGAAAGAAAAACCCAUGAUAUAAUCAAGGUUAAUUAUACACUUCGAAUUCAGAUAUCAGGACCUCAGUUGAUCUCUUGCAACUGGGAUUUAGCUAUUACAGAGGUCAAACAUAUACCCAGUAUGUCAUAUAGACAUAUAUAAUAUAUCUAGCAAACAUAAGAGUCAAAAUAUGAUUUUGGGGAGUCUGUCAAAAACACUCUCAAGGGUCUAUGUAUACUGGAUAUGUUAUAUUACUUCAUACUUAAAGAUUUUUUCACGUUCAUUAAAAAUCAAUUGAUAUCUAUAAAUCUUAAAAACAAUAACUGGUCAUUCUUGUCACUGGUCAGAUUAACAUAACUGGUGUAUGAUCAUGUGAUAUCUGUUGUGACCAACUAAUAUCUUGUCUUUUGUUCAGUGGUAUAUAUGAGAAGCUAAAUGUUAUGACAUCUUUAUCAUCAAGGAACAAUAUCUUUGUGGAAAAAUGGAUUUGUAAUUUUAUCAGCAUUGAAUUUGAUUGGAAAAGAGAACAAAUCAAAACAGACUUUGUGAUCAGAUCAAUAUUUUUUUGUAGCGUGUGAACUGUGUAAGCUUAAAGCUUGAUUUGUGAUCCUUUCAUACUUCUGGAAAGAGGAUGGCUGCUGAGAAAAAGAAAUUCAAAAUUCCCUCUGCAACAGAGAUGGAACAGUCAUCAACGAGUACCAUAAAACCACAUGAUACUCUUGCUGCUUUCAAGAGACAACAAGUCGAAGAUAAAUCUUGUAAAACCACAGAAAAGAAGAAAACAUUACCUGAUCAGAAUCAAGUCAAAAUUGCUUCCUUUCUUACAUCAUCUAAACCAUCCACAUCAAAAGCUAGCACUUCAACAAACAAAUUCAAUCAGCCCGAACCUGUAGCUACUGAAAAAAGGGAUGCGUUAUCAUCAUCAUCAUCAACUGAACCUGAAAUAAAAGAUAAAGAAGAAACAUCAACAAACUCUAGUGAUAAAUUUAUGGCUCCAGUGACUGUUGGUAAGGGGAGCACAAGUAACGCCCUGAUUGUCAACCCCAGACAGAGAGGCAAUCCCAUUCUCAAGUCUGUGCGUAACGUAGCCUGGGAAUAUGGAGACAUUGUGCCGGACUAUGUGAUGGGCUUGAGUACAUGUGCUCUGUAUCUGAGUUUAAGGUACCACCAACUUCAUCCCAAUUACAUUCACGACCGACUCAAGCAGUUAGGCCGGGCGUAUGAUCUGCGCGUCAUGCUGGUCCAAGUGGAUAUCAAAGAACCUCAUCAUCUUCUGAAGGAUCUUGCCAAGAUUUGUAUUCUAGCAGACUGUACACUCAUGUUGGCAUUCACAACUGAAGAAGCUGGACGCUACCUCGAGACUUACAAAGUUUACGAGUUUAAACCACCUGAUGCCAUCAUGGAAAAAACAGAUCAUGAUUUUGUGUCAAAGUUUACUGAUUGUAUAACCAGUGUGAAGUCUGUGAAUAAAACUGAUGCGGUGACACUGAUGUCAACAUUCAAAUCACUCAAAGGUGUCAUGGAAGCUUCAAAAGAAGAUCUGUCUCUUUGUCCAGGGUUUGGACCUCAGAAAGCCAAGCGUGUGUAUGACAUAUUCCAGGAACCAUUCAUGAAAGCCAAGAAACAAAAACCAGAGAAGAGUGAUAAUAAGUAAAGAAAAUAUUGGAAAUUAUUAUUUAUUUUUUGUUGAAAAAAAUAGAAAAGAAAAAAUGUCGAGUGAAAUGAAGUUUAACUUCAAUUUCAAGUAAAUUACUAAUUAUUUGUAUAUUGCAAUUGAAUAUAAAUGUAGGUGUGUUUACAUGUAUACAUGUAUAAACUUUGUAUAUUGGCUGUAUUGAACUAUAUAUAUCAUGAGGAACUUUGAUUGUCUGAUCUGUUAUUGCAUUGAAUGUACCUUACUUAGAAAUUGAAUUAUCAAUAGUAUUGAGUAAAAUAGGUGGUUGUGUAAUUUUACAUACAUGUAUGUCAGAGUUAUUCCCCUUUUUGACAGACAGGUAUCUAGUAUGUAUCCUGAAUUUAUUGCAUGUAGCUUAGAUUUUUGUUGUUGUUGAUAAAUGGAGAUAAUGGAAUAUUUUUGCACAAAAGAAAUGGUAUCACUUAAUUUAUCAGAUGAAAUUUAAGAAUUGAGAAAAAAAAUAUAAGUACAGUCAAUACAAUGUACAUUCCUAUAUGUUAGCUAUAUGUAUCACAGGGAUCAAUAAUUCUGGAUCAUGAUCAUGAUUUAUAGAAGACUUUCAGGGUUUUGAAUUAAGUAGAUAUAUAGGGUAAUGUAAAACUUUCUGAGAAGAUUUGUAAUGACUUAUUUUGCAGACCAGUAUAUCAAUUAUUUUUACAUUUGUGCUAUUCAUAUACAGCUGUAUAUACAUUCAAUGUAUUAAAGUGUUGGGAGAAAAAAAAAUUGUUUUCUUUUGU